AUGGAUGGCAAGAAUAUGUUGGAUGCUGCUCGCACAGGAAAUCUUGAGGUUCUUAAAUUUUUUCUUGAAGAAAAUCCGUCAAUUCUCGCUGAUUUAAGACUAAUGUCGCCCACAGAAUCUCUUCUACACGUUGCAACCAAAGCUGGGCAGCUUAAUUUUGUGCAUGAACUUAUGAAACUUGAUCCUGAAAUUGCUGAAGAAUUGAACAAGGAUGGCUUCAGGCCUCUGGAUAUUGCUGUAAUCAUGGGAAACUUGUUGAUAGUAAAGGAACUUCUGAAGGCAAAUAGAAAAUUAUGUCGGCUCAAAGGCAAAGACCAAAGAACGGCUCUUCAUUAUGCUGCUAUCAAGGGGAGAAUUGAUAUUAUUGAUGAAUUAUUGUCUACGUGUCCAGAUUCUAUUCAAGAUAUCACAGGUCAUGGGGAGACUUUCCUUCACCUUUCUUUGAAAAAUUACCAGUGUGAUGCAUUUAGCAUGUCGAUCAAGUGGCUGGAGAGACUUGGCAAGGAGUCAGUUGUUAAUUUGGGGGAUUGUCAUGGGAACACUGUACUGCACAUUGCAGUUUUUACAAAACAACAUGCCGCCAUAGAACUACUCCUUAACAGUAACAGGAUCAGAGAAACAAUAAAUGUCAAUUCGACAAAUGCCAAACGUUUGACAGCACUAGAUAUAUUGGACAUUGUUAUUGAAAAUUCUUAUGAUGUCCGGAUCAGAGAAAUUCUACAAGCAGGAGAAGUUAGAGAAAUUCUACAACCAGGAGAAGUUAGAGAAAUUCUACAAGCAGAAGGAGAAGUUAGAGCACAAGAUGCUAUUACUAUCAGAACAGAAAAUUCACCAAAAACCGAACCAAUCAAGCAGCUGGAAGAUCCUCUGCAUAUGAUGGAUUGGUUAGAAUAUUUCAAAUUUCAGAAGCAAAGGGAUUCACCUGAUCACGUCCGAAAUGCACUAGUAGUUGUGGCUGCACUGGUUGCCACAGUGUCCUUUCAAGCAGGCAUGACUCCUCCGGCAGCGAUUCUGCAUAAAACUUCGGACAAACAACCUUCCAUUGGCUCGGGAUAUCCACCACCAGCCCCACCCCCUUACUUUAACCCAGAAGGGACAACUUUACGCGCUGCUGCUGCACGAAUUUUAGGGUCUAAUGCUGCUGCACAAUUGUUCUUGUUCACCAACUCUUUAGGUCUCUCUGCAUCAGUAUUAAUCAUAAUGUAUCUCACAAUAGGGUUUCCAUUUCAAUGGGAGAUUCAGAUAUCCGUAGGUGCUAUGAUGUUCACUUAUGGUUUCGCAACCGGUGCUAUACUCGAAGGACGUCUUGGUUACUUCACGUUGAUAAGUGCCUACCUUUUGCCAUACGCGCUGCGAUUGCUGGCAAUAGCGAGAAGAAAACCUUGGAAGCAUUGGAAACAAAAGAGCAUGCACAGUUAA